UGUAUCUCGUUCAACAUUUAGCAAGAGAUUUAGAGUUCUGAUACUGUUUGAAAAAAAGAGAAAAAAUGGCCUUGGCUAUGGUGGGAGAGGCACUAAUAUCUGCCUCUGUGGAGAUCUUUUUAGAUAGAAUAACUUCUUCAGAGUUUCGAGAUUUCUUUGCCAAGAGAAGGGUCGAUGUUUCUUUGUUAGAUGAACUGAGGAUAAAGCUGCUGGCACUUAAUGCUGUGUCCAAUGAUGCUGAGGAGAAGCAGAUCACGGAUCUCGCCGUGAAGGCAUGGCUUGAUGAGUUGAAAAAUGCUGUCUUGGAUGCAGAAGAUUUGUUGGAUGAAAUCAACACUGAAACUUUGAGAUGCAAGGUGGAGGGAGAAUCUAAAAGCUUUACUACUCAGGUGAGAUCAUUACUUUCUUCCCCCUUUAAUCAAUUCUACAGGAGCCUGAAUUCCAAGCUUGAAGCAAUAUCUCGAAAGCUAGAACAUUUUGUGAAACAGAGAGAUAUUCUUGGUUUGCAAAGUGCUUCUAGGAAAGUCUCUUGUAGCAAGAGUACAGAUUCGUUGAUUGAACCUGUUGUGGUUGCUAGAGAGGAUGACAAAGACAAGUUACUGAAGAUGCUUUUAUCUGAUGUUGAUGCCAGGUCUAAUAAUAUAGAAGUGAUCACAAUCCUAGGCAUGGGAGGUCUGGGCAAAACAACCCUUGCUCAAUACCUUUAUAAUGAUAGUGAAGUGGAGAAACAUUUUGAUUUGAAAGCUUGGGUAUGGGUAUCGGACGUUUAUGACCUUUUCAAGGUAACAAAACACAUUUUUGAGUCUGUCUCGUCCAAAGAUUGUAAUAGUACCAAUCCAGAUGUUAUUCGUGUUGAAUUAAAAAAUAGCUUGAAAGAUAAAAAAAUUUUGCUUGUGCUCGAUGACCUCUGGAAUGAAGAGCGUAAUGACUGGAAUCAAUUGAUAACUCCUUUUGCUGGUGCGAUAAAGGGAAGUAGGAUCAUUGUGACAACCCGACAACCAGAAGUUGCAAAGUUUACACAUACAUUUCCCACUUAUGAGCUGAAAUCUGUGACAGAGGAAGAUUGUUGGAGGAUACUCGCAAAUCAUGCAUUUGGAAAUGAAGGUUAUGUCAAAUAUCCAAGUCUAGAAAAAAUUGGUCGGCAAAUUGCAAGAAAAUGUAAUGGCCUACCAUUAGCUGCUAAAACAUUGGGAGGUAGUUUGCAAACAGUUGAUGAAAAGGAAUGGAAAAGAGUUCUAGACAGCAAGUUGUGGGUACACAAGGAUGUUUUACCAGCUUUGCGCAUAAGUUAUCUUCAUCUUCCAGCACAUUUGAAAAGAUGUUUUGCCUAUUGCUCAAUCUUUCCAAAACAACAUCUGUUGGACAGAGAAGACUUGAUUUUGUUAUGGAUGGCCGAAGGCCUUCUACAACAAUCCUCAGAGAAAGAACUGGAAGCAGUUGGUUCUGACUGCUUUGAUGAGUUAUUAUCCAGAUCCUUAAUUCAGAAAGACAAAGCUGUUUCAGAGGACAAGUUCCGAAUGCAUGACCUCAUCUAUGAUUUAGCUAGACUUGUAUCAGGAAAAAGAUCUCACUAUCUUGAUUUCAGUGAAAUUCCAAAAAAUGUGCGCCAUCUAUCUUUUUCUACGGACUAUUAUGACGUCUCUAAAAAAUUUGAGAGCUUCUAUGAGCUGAAAUGUUUGCGGACAUUUCUACCAUUGAAUAAAUGGGCCUGUAACAUAACCAGAAAAGUGCCACAAGAUUUGUUGCCAAAACUAAAAUGCCUACGAGUUCUAUCAUUAUCAAACUAUGGAAACAUCACUGAGCUGCCUGAUUCUAUCGACCUCUUGGUGCUUCUGCGGUAUCUUGACCUUUCCUCUACUUCCAUCAAAAGGUUGCCCGAUGCAACCUUCAAGCUUUACAAUUUGCAGACUUUGAAAUUGUCAAACUGUAGAUCUCUUGUUGAGCUAUCUGAUUCCUUAAGCAUGUUGGUGCUUCUGCGGUAUCUUGACCUUUCUUCUACUUCCAUCAAAAGGUUGCCCGAUGCAACCUUCAAGCUUUACAAUUUGCAGACUUUGAAAUUGUCAAACUGUGAAUCUCUUGUUGAGCUACCAGCACAGACAGGAAAUUUGGUCAAUUUACGACACCUUGAUAUCAGUGACACAAAUUUGACGGAGAUGCCAACACAGAUAUGCAGACUGCAAGAUCUCCGUACAUUGACUUCCUUCAUUGUAGGCAAAGAAGAUGGAUUAAGGAUCAGUGAAUUAAGAAAAUUUCCCUAUCUGCGGGGUGAGCUUUCCAUUCUGAAGCUGCAGAAUGUUUUUGAUCCCAGAGACGCAUUUCAAGCCAACUUAAAGAACAAAGAGCAGAUUGAGGAGCUUAUGCUGGAGUGGGGCCGCGACCCACAAGAUUCACAAGCUGAGAAGGAUGUACUUGACAACCUGCAACCAUCAACGAUGUUAAAGAAACUGAGCAUCAGAUACUACAAUGGCACAAGUUUCCCAAAUUGGCUGGGUGACUCUUCAUACCGUAAUAUUCAAGUACUGUGUAUCAGUGACUGCAACUAUUGCCUGUCACUUCCACCGUUUGGACAAUUACCUUCUCUGAAAGAGCUUGUCAUUGAAAGGAUGAAAAUGGUGAAGACAGUUGGUCAGGAGUUCUACUGCAGCAGUGCAAGCUCCCAAUCUUUCCAGCCAUUUCCAUUGUUGGAAAGUCUUGAGUUUGAAGAGAUGUCAGAGUGGGAGGAGUGGCUACCAUUUGAAGGUGAAGGUAGCAAGUUUCCUUUUCCGUGCCUGAAGAUUUUGCGUUUAUCCGAAUGUCCCUUGUUGAGAGGAAACUUGCCCAGUCAUCUACCUUCUUUGGAAAAGGUUGAUAUCGCAGGGUGCAACCAGCUGGAGGCAAAAUCAUGCGAUGUGCAGUGGAAUACAUCAAUUGAAGUGACGAGUGUUAGAGAAGGGGGAGAGGGGUUGUUGUCUUUGCUUGACAACUUGUCUUGUCGUCACCUAUCAAUUGAAAAGUGUGACAGCUUGCAGUGUUUGCCAAGAAUGAUUCUCAAUGCCAAUUGUCUUCAAGAGUUGAAUCUUACAAAUAUCAAGUCUUCGAUUUCCCUCGCAACUGAUGGUUGGCCCACGUCAUUGCAAUCACUUAACAUCUCUAAUUGUGAGAAGUUAGAAUUUGUGUGUGAUGAAAGAUGGCACAAAUGCACAUCACUUGAACGCCUGGUAAUCUUCGAUAGUUGUGAUUCGCUCAUGUCCUUUCCGUUAGAUUGCUUCCCAGCUCUUCGACGCCUUCAGUUCUCUGACUGUCCCUUGGAAGCAAUUACUGAUAAAGGUGGAAGGGCCUCUCCUAAUUUAUUAUAUUUUUUUAUGGUCCAUAAUUGUAAGAAACUUAGGUCACUUCCAGAAGAGAUGGAUCUCCCUGCCCUUCAACGCUUGUGGCUUCGUGAUCUUCCAGAGUUAACGUCAUGGUCCCCAAGGUGGUUGCCUUCCAGUUUACGAUAUCUUGUUAUUGAUGUUGGAAUAGUAUCAUCAUCAUUUAUGUCUAAACAAGAGUUAGUUUGCCAAUUCCAACGCCUCACUUCUCUGUCAGAUCUUGAUCUCCAGGGGAGUGGUUUGCGGGAUGAAGAUGUGAUAAACACUUUGCUAAGGGAGCCAUCACUGCCCACUUCUCUGACGUCUCUGACGCUAUCCAAAUUUGAUGGUUUAAAGCGGUUGGAAGGGAAAGGGCUUCAACAUCUCACUUCUCUUAGGGAGCUUGGCAUCUUCAGCUGUGGAAGCCUCGAGUCAUUGCCAGAGGAACAACUGCCAUCGUCUCUCGAAGUACUGAGCAUAGUGUGUUGUCCCUUACUAGAAGAAAGGUAUGGAAAAGAGAAAGGGAAACACUUGACAAAGAUUCCUGCCAUACAAAUAAACGGUGAAGUCAUAAUAUGAGGGACUGCACGGCAGGCAGGAAUCAUCCGAAGCUGGGAUGGUGCCACUUGACAACACUCAUUUCAGUCAUGCUAUCACAUUGUUCUUUCUUCACAAAGCUUUCAUUUGAAGGAGUUGGACCAUUUACAUGUUCUAAAGUUUAUCAAAACUAAUGGUUUGCUGAUGUUAUUUAUUAAUACCAUAUAUUGGAUUAUAAUUUAUUUUCAAGACCAGAAUGUAAUGAAUUAUAUUUAUGAUGUUUUUGUGGUAUCUUCUAAACCUAGAUUUUGCAUUGGAGUUUGAAGGUAAUUUAUUAAUAGUUUUAUGAAUAAUUAUUACUC